UUUGGAGAUUAGAUUGGAGGUUAGAGAAAUUUGCUUGGGGAUUUUAUUUUAAUAUGCUGUUGCUGUUCACCUAGCUUAAAAUCGAGUUAUAAGUUAUUGUAGAUAAAUCUUUUAUCUCUUUAAAACCUCAAAAUUCAGUGAUUUGGUUAUUUCGGUUAUUGUAUUUUGUAUUUUUAUAAGUUGCACCGUGUGUGGAAGGUGAAAAGAUUCGCCUUCUAAUCUAAGAGUUUCAGAAUGUCAGAUGAAGAAAUCGAAGAGGUGGACAGAUUUACAUAUCUGGGAAGUGUCUUAACAAGAGCUGGAGGAGCUGAUGAAGAUAUGACCACACGAACCAAAGAAGAGGAACUAGCCCUUGAUGAAAAAAUAGCUAGAAUACAGCGCCAGAAUGAAAAAAUAUUACGAAGGCAAAAGGAAAUCGAAGAAGACAAGAGAAUGGCUGAACAACAAAAUGCAACUGUGAAGCUCAAACAACCAACAGGAAAUGUGUCUCGAGAACGAACGCCAGCAUUGAAACCAAGCAAUCGAGAACUGAGACCUGACGUCACCGAGGAUGACCGAGAGUCUUGGUCAAACCAAAGAGCACCUCGAGGCAGCUCUAGAGGCAGAGGAUCCGAGAGAGUACGAGGCCAAGGUGACUGGAAGGGGAGUGGUGGUCCUCCCCCAGACCCUAAGAGUUUCUUGUAUGAUGACGAGCGGGACGGCCCUACACACAGUACGACUAAAGACAACAUGGAGCUUGAACGAGGACGGAGAGACGAGAGAGACAACAGAGACAACAGGGACAAUCGAGACAACUUCCGAGGUGGCGGUGGUCGAGAGUUUCAGAGGGGGUGGAAGAGGGGAGGGUUUGAGCACAGGGGAGAGAGAGGCAGGCGAGGUGGAGGGAGGAUGAAUGAGGAUGAGUGGAGAGCUGAGCGGAUGAAGAUAGACGAAGCAAGAAUACAACGUCAACGAGCAGCCGACGGCAAGUGGCGAAGAGAGUGGGACAAUGACAAACUGCAGCAGGAGCCCCUGGAAGAACCUAGACAUGAAGUAAGGAAAUUCGACCCGCCUCACCAAGAAAAGUGGAGUCCACCAAACCAACACCGUGGUCAGUUUCACACCUCGCCCGAAAGACCAGGCCGUCACCCAAGUCGUGGAGGGACCACCCGUGUCGGGAGAGGAAGAGGGCGUUGUAACCCUCUGGAGCUGGAAAUCCCGCUGGAUGUUAUACCUAGCAAGAUCAGCCCUGCCGGGUUAACUCUUGCAAACAACGCCCCAAAAUCUCCCGCAGCGGCUAUAGCUCGUCCCCCUUCCCCCCACAACAUUUGUAACUCCAGAUUAGUGGAGUGCGUUGGCAACAAUGUCAAAAUAUCCAUCCCUAACAGGGGUGCUGCACAAUCAAGCCCAAAACCUCAGCGUCAACCCCAUGAGACAAGAGGCAGAUACAAGUCACAAACAAGCUACAGCAGUCAGUCAGACGAUGAUACACCCAGAGAACGUAGCAACCGUGGGAGACGGCAGCGAAGUCACAAGUCAACCAAAGAGCCAGAUAAAAUCCAACCCAAUCUUACAUCAGCCAAAGCUAGCUUGGAUCAGUUGCCUGUUCAAAAUAAACCUCCUCUACCUCCAUUCAGGGCUGAGCAUAAGCCGCAAGAAGUGAAAGACCCGGUCGAAGCCAAAGACGGAGAUGAAUCUUGGGAGGAUGUUACAACGAGUGGUACGGAAAGCAUGGGUGAAGAAAUGUCCUCCGUAACUUCUAGUCCCUUGAUGAAGACGAUUGUCAACACAAUGGUUAUAAGUGGAAAACAAAAUGAGGUAACAGACUUUAUACAAUCAGUGGAGUAUUCUCCAAAUCAAGUGUUGGAUGUUUAUGGGAAGAUGAGUUAUGAAGAGUUCUCAAGUUGCUUAGAAAAUAAUAAAGCACAUCAAGGUUUGGGGUUUGGAGUUGUGGAAGUGGAUUACCCUGAUACUGAUACGUCUAGUGUUAAUUUAAGUCUUGACGCUUCUGGUAACAUCCUUCUUGCAGGGAUUUGCUCAGAAGAACUAUUAAUUGGCCAGGAAGAGCAACAGUUCAACACGACCCUUCCAGAGACUCUCACGUUUGAUGAACUAGGACUAGUCGGAGUCAUAGACGAACUUCCGCAAAAUGAACCCGUACUCUUAGAUGAAAAUCCUUUAGAAUUAGUGAACGAACAAGAUGAAAAUCCUUUGAAAUUAUUGGUGGACACAGAUGAAAAUAUUUUGAUAUUAGUGAACGAAGAAGAUGGAAAUACUUUGAAUUUGGUCCCCAAAGAAGAAACUAUACUUGUUGCUGACGAAAGUUUAGAGUUAUCUUCUAACUUGCUAUUACAAAAUGAAGUUGAAAAAGAGAAGGUAGUUGCCGAAACAAAAGUUGAAUAUCAAGAGAACCAACCAAGUGAAGAAAAUAAAAUUGAAAAUAACACUAGUAAAGUUUUGGUUGAUACUGUUGAAGCGAUACAGACAAAGUCAGAUUUGACUAACUCAGAAACAAUGCCGAGCGAGUCCAAUAAAACUCACGAAACUUAAGUUGAUGAAAGUGAGAAUGAACCGCAACCAACUGAAACCGCAGUUGUGAAGUAAAUUUAGAAGGAUUGUCUUAUGUGAUUGUUUGUACACUUACCUUGCGCUCUGUCAACUACAUCUUGGAGUCAAAGCAGUACUGAACAGAGCUUGGAAAAUCUACUGAUAUGUGCCUUUGAUGAUUGACGCUGUAAGCUUGACUGAGGGUUGAAGAUGUGCAGCAGCUCUUCAAUAUGAAAAUUUGAGGAAUUCUGGUUCAAAGACAUCGGAUCAUUAGAGAGGGACCAUAAUGCAACUCACUCCAUUCUACCCUCAUUCUUCAUUCAUUGGGUGGCAAUAAGCCCAGUCUCCUCCGCAUCUUAAUUGGUAAUUAUAAUAAUAAUGUAUCCGUCAGUAGGUAGUCUGUUAUUUAAGCAUCAGACAGUAUUUCAAUGCAGAACAUUAGUAAUCAUUCAUUUUUUUUGGCAAGAACGCAGAACUAGAAGGGGUUGGUUCUUUUAAAUGAAAAUAGAGUGUUAUUAAAUAACCUCUUUAAUCUUUUCAUGGCUGUGUUAAAUUAAUAAUGUUUGAAAAUCAUAAACAAGAAUAUUAAGAAAACCGAAAGAAUUAAGACACUAUAUAUUGGUUUGUUGUUUACAUAGAAAUCAAUAAUUAAUUCAAUUAUUUAUUUUUGUUAAAAAAACACUCAGCUUAAAGAAAGCUACAAAUCAAUUUUCCCUUUUGUAUUGUUCCUUAAAUAAUACUUUUCAGCUCUGAAAUGUUUUUAGAUUAUAGUUUUACGAGGGGACCCACUCGCAAAUUACACAUUUUAAUUAGAUAUAAAACUUAAUUUCAAGGUAAAAUAGUAAUUCAAUACCCUUUAAAAGUGAAGUCUAGAAAUAAUUAAAACACAAGGGAACAAAAGCCCUUAUGAAAAUUACCUUUUUGUUACCAUUCACAGGUGCGCUGUAUCAUAAAAUUUAAAAUCCUUAUUGAAAACCCUUAUUGUAUUAAGUAUUUAAAUUCAUUUUUAUUUAUACUAAAAUGAAUCAUAUAUAAAAUAUUAUGCUAUAUAGCCAAUCAUAAUUUAUUUUAUCGCGUUUUUAGGUUUAUAAGUUUAAAGUGAUUUUUAGUUUAAGUGAUAAAAGUGAUUGCUGAUUUAAGAAGGUUACUUAUAGUAACAGUGAAAUUAUGUCUUAAAACGUUGAGUGCUGACUACAUCAAUUGAUGUAGUCGCACCACCCCCACUACAUUAGUUCAGUAUGAGCUCAGCCAUUGCUAGGGAACGUUAUAAUUGUUGCUAGCCUGUAGCUUAGAAUGUGAGCAUAGUUUUGGUGUAAGAAGCCACAUUACAAAGACACUAACUACUAGGGGUCUGCGGUACAGAAAAAUUUAAGGUUGGUACUGUUCGGUACGGUACAAUAUUUUGUACCUCGGUUCUCUGUACAAAAUCGGUACGGUACGCAGCUAGCCGUAUUUUUGCGGUUUUCUUCUCAGAACUGUAUUUAAAUUAUUAUUUUUAACUUUAAUACAUUUGGCAUUACCAUGAAAAUGGAUAGUAUCCUACAUUCAUGGUUUUCUAACAACAAUUACUGUACCACUCAUUAUUAAAACAAUAGUAUAUUACGUUACUAGUCCUGAAAAUAAAUGUUUACCAGACGAGUGUGGUGUUCCCGUGCGAGACGAAGUCGAGUACGGGAUUACCAUACGAGUCCGGUACACACAUUUUGGACGAGCUACGUACGAUAGUUUACGCCAUACUACUUAAUUCGUACAAAUCCUUAUAUAUUUCCACCUACUAAAGGACUAAACAUCACCAGUCAUAACCUCUAAGAGAGGUUAUGUUUUUGUUUAUAACCAAUCAUUGCCAUGCAAAUACAGUAUAAUCAGCUGAUUGGUGUCCGGUAAAACUCAUUGCAGAACAGUAUUACGCAAUGAAACCCCAUUUGAAUAAGCUGGCGGCAAACAGCUGUUUUCUGGACUAAAUCCUUGCGUGGGAAGUUCGUCAAAAUAAUGUAGUGUGGCGUAAAACCUUUUACUACUACGAGGAUUGGAUUGUGUCAAGAAAAAUCACAGUUAAGAUAAAGGCUUUACCUAUUUUACUCUGAGAUACUUUGAAUAACCAUGAUAAAGUGGUUUUAAAAUUAGGAUAAGAGUUUUUAGGAAUAAACAUGUUUGAAACAUUUAUUGACAAGAUAAUUUCACACAACUGGUAAAUUAUUUCUUAUCAACACAAUGUCUAGUUGUUUUUUUUUUAUUUUUAAAAACAUAUAAAAGCAUUCAGUGUAGUUGCCAGCUGUUCACAGCAGAUGACAAUGAAACACUGGAGGUUAUGAUGAAGUAAUGGCAAAGAGCAUCUUUUUUUAAUCAUCUUCAAAACUAAUUAUAAGAUGGAUACAACUCUUGCAAAGUUUUUUUCUUAAACUAAAAUUUGGAUAAUCACAGAGUAAGAUUAUUGUCUUUUCAUUUACAAAGUUAAUACCCACACAUAUCAAUCAUUAGUUUAUCUCAGGCUCAAUAGAAUUUUCUUAGUAUAUUUUAAAGCUCUUCCAGAGAAUCAAAAGACUCAAGCCUAGACCUAAUUAUUUAGGAGGGCCUAUAUAUAAAUUGGUUAGGUUACAAUGAGGGUAGCAAAAUCACUAUCUAUUUCAUAAGAUUUAGAUUGCAUAAAGCACCUUCAACACAAUAAAAAAUACAGAAAACUAAAAAACAUUUAAGCCUUAAACAGCCACAUCUAACAAUAUAAGACAAGAUACAGAACAUGCAAUGACAUAAUUUAAGACCGGGAAAAAAAAUUAUGCAAACAACAACUAUGAUUGUAGGUUGUCAAUAAAAAGAUAAAA